AUGUCUCAACUGCCUUAAAUGCCUCAAUAUACAAGUUAGACUGUUGAAUCUCAAUUAAUAUAGUAGCCAAAUUAGAUGAGUAUCAAACCAUAACCCAUAACAUUCUAUCCACCUUCAUUUUCACAAAUUUCAAAUCAAAUACCAUUAACUCAAAAUUAUUAGAUGUAAUAACAAUAACAAUAAUAACAAUAAUAACAAUAAUAAUAAUAACAAUAAUAAUAACAAUAAUAAUAACCAUUAAAUCAAUUAUAGUAAUAACCUUAUUAUUAAUAUGAUGAUCAAUAAUUUAGAUAAAGAUAAUUAUCAUCUAAUAUAUAAUAAUAAAUAAUGUAAUAAUAAUGGAAUGAUUAAUUCUAAUAGAUGCUUUAAAUGCAUCAUCAUAAUUAUUUGUUGUAAAAUUAAUUACAAAGUGUGAUGAUGAAUUAGACAGCAUAAUCAGAAUAAGCUAGAAAAGAUUUAAUGAUUUAAUAGUAGUAAUCUUUAUAAGACUUUACAAACUUGUAGCCUGAAACAAUAACAGAAUAUAUACCAGUGGAAAAGAAAAUAAUUGAAUAUGAAACCAGAAUAAAAAAGAUUCAAGUACCUGUAACACAUGAAAUAACUGAAUAUGUACCAGUAACAACAGAAACAAUAUCACCAGAGAGAACAGUUAGAUUAUCACCUCCAAAAGAAGUACAUAUGGUUCCAACAGUUGUUUAAUAACCUCCAAUUUUAUAAUAGACAGUAAUUCCAAGACCACCUUAAUUAUAAUUGAUUCAUACAAAUGCUUAAAUGACUAGGAUGCCAUAAUAAUAAACUUAUUAAACAUAUUAAUAAAUUCCAUUAACAACAAUUAGAUCAUAACCUUAAUAAUCACCUCCAAGAAUAUUGAAUAAACCAACAGAAAUUCCAAUACCACCUCCACCUCCUCAUCUUCCAUUAUAACCAUUUAAUUAUACUCCAAAAGACUUUCCUGCUAUGACUAUGCCUUCACCUCCUCCUCAUUAAUUUCAUCCAUAAAUUCCUAUGAAUUCUCCUUAAUUACCACCACCACCACCACCUCCAUAAUUUGAUUCACCACCACCUCCACCUGCUUAUUAAAAUUAAAUAGCUCCUCAAUUCAAUCAAUUUCCUCCUCCUCAUUUAAAUCCUUAAGUACCAUAAAUAUAAUAAAUGCCUAAAUAGUCAUUUAAUGUUCAUUAAUAAUAAUAACAUUCAAUUCAUCCAUAAUAACCACCUUUAUUACCUCAUCCACCUUAAUCUAGACCUGCUCCAUUUAUUCCAGAAUAAUAUUAUAAGGAUUAAAUUGAAGAUGAAUAAGAAUAAAAUUAUUAUUAAAGACCUCCUAGAAAAUAACCUAAUCAUCCUGAUUUUUAAUAAACUCAUAAACAUCCAUCUGAAUUUGAUACUCCAAAUUAUCAUCUACCGAAUUAUGAUAGUGAAAAUGUAUUUAUUUUAUCAAUAUUAUAUUUAGAUGAGAGAUAAAUUAUCUGAACCUAUAUAACAUCCAAAAAGAGCUCCAUUCAUUCCAAAAUCAUAUGAUCCUGAUCUUUAUUAUGAAAAAUAAGAAUAGUUUGAUAUACCAUCAAAAGAAUAAUAAAAAAGAGGUAUCCAAAGAUCAGUAUAUGAAAAACGACCCUAAAAUACUCAUCAACUAACCCAGAGAACAAAAGAAAACUACUUUAAAGACAAUAUAUUUUAAUGA